AUGUUGUAUAGGAAAGCUUUGGACUCGUUUCCCGAAAAUCACAAGCAAGCUCAAGAGUGUAUUCAAGGUUUCGAUGUUAACCAGCUGAAUGCGCUUUGGCGGGUGAUAGUGGAGUGCGUCUUUCCUCGGGCGUUCUUGAAUAUGCUACAUGAUAAUGCCAUAACGCAACUGGAUUGGUGCGUCCUAACUGAAAAGAUUGAGAAAUCUUCUGAAAGUGUCGAAGCUUUUUGGUUUCAGUGUCAACGCGGUGAUCCUAAUUACCAACAUGACUCCAACAAGGCUGAUGGAAUCCUGCACAUGUUCAAGGCAACGAACCAGAGUCAGCAACAUGUUACUAAUAUUCAACACCAAGAUCUCGGUAGUUUGUACCCAUCCCGAGAUGGUGAGGAUAAAUUAAUGAGAAUAUUAAAGAGGAAAGAACGAGAUGGGUACACUACGCCUUGCCCAAUAACAAAUUCAUUGGAGGAUAAUCUGGAGGAUGAAUCAAGAUCAAAGAGACGGGUACUCGCAAAGACUGAUGAUGAUAGUUACAAGAGUGAUGAACAUGAUGAGAGUGGUGAUAGUAAUGAGGAGAGUGAUGAGGAGAGUGAAGCGAAGAAUAGUUCAUUGUUGUUUAAAUCAUAUCGAUCUGAAGCAUUGUCUCUGGCGCAAGAGUUUGGUUUGUCUGUUACAAAAAAUUAUCGUGAAAUCUUGAGUCUAUCGCAUGUUCUCUUACUACAAACAGAUGAUUACUCCGACAUGCAAAUAAAAAAGUUUUCCAGAGAUACACUUGAGGAUCUAAGAAAGGAUACCAGGUCAAAGAUUCUUGGGAAAGAAAAAUUAUCUAAAGAUAUUAAGUCGAUCCUUCAAGAAUACGUUGAGAUUGCUCUUGACGACGAUGGUGGAUUAAUUAGGCUUCGGAAAUCGAUAAUAGAGUCUUAUUCAAAAGCAUUCAAUACACCAGAAGAGCUUGAACUUUUUCAGAAGAUGCAAUUAUUAUUUCAACAAUUAGCUAGUAAUAUUCCAAUACAUUUAUCGAAAGAAAAAAUUAGUGAAGGAACAUUAAUAUCAAACAUAAUCAGUCCUGUGUUGCGCAUUUUCUUUCACGAUGUUUCUGUUUACCCCACGAUAUGGCCAAAUACAUCCAGUAGUAGUGCCAAGGUUCGGAAGCUCGCUAAUAAUGACCCUUCUCGUGCUAAGCAACCGGACAUGAUUGGAAAUGUUCUACAUAAUGGAAGGUUUGCCUAUGAGAUGAUGUAUGGAGAGGUAACAGGUGAAGGUAAAAAUAAUACGGAAAAGAAGAACUUAACUGAUCUCAUUCGUUUGGGAAUUUUUAUGAAGGAUUCUUUAGAUAAUAUUCUGCAGAAAACCGGGGUCAAUUCUAUUGUAUUUGCAUGGCAAUCUAUUGUAACAAAAUGGACCGGAUAUUUCAUGAUCUUGAUCGCAACUGGUGUAUACAUAAUGGUAGAUGCGGGUAAUAUAGAACUUCCAAGGUCCUUUGAGAUCUGUAGCAUGUUUUUAAACGGAUUAGAUAUUCUUCGGACAUUUCAGAUAGCAUACGAUCGAGCUUCGAAGAAAGUCUUUUCGGCAAUAAGUAAGGAUAAAGAAGACUCCGAAAACGUCGAGCUCAAAACAUGGUGUCGAUCAACACUUGGGACACCAGAAUUUAAAAAAAUCACCAAAAUCAAAUGA